AUGUCCGCGCCGCAGCCCACCGCGGCCGGUGCGCAGCCCGCGGCGGCCGCGAACGCCCCCGCCAGCGCCGCCGCGGCACCUGGCGUCCCGCCCGGGAUGGACACGAACUCGAAAGAGUACUACGACUGGUACUACUACGUUUACACGCCCUGGGCGCAGCAACAGCAGCAGCAACAACAACAGCAGCACGUGCAACAACAGGCUGCCGCAGCCCAUGCUUUUCAUGCAUCGCCGUACGCGCAAGCCCAGUCGCAUUACGCGGGAUACGCGCCGCAGAACGCCCCGCCACGCGCCGCAGCGGGCGCGCCGUACGGCGCCGCGUACGGCCGCCCACCGCUCGCCGUCCCGCAGCAGUGGGGCGGCGCGCAACAGCACCAGCGGCCGCCGCCGCACGGCCCCGCGCCGGCCUCGCGCGACCCCCGCACGCCCGCUCCCGCUGCCGCCGCCCCGGCGCAGCAACCAAACGCCUAUGCGUGGUCCACGGGCCACAAUCACGCCUCCCAACAACAACAGGCACAGCAACCACAGGCGCGGCCGAGCGGCGGCGGCGUCGUGAUCCGCCCGCAGAUGUCCAAGGCGGCCGUCGCGUCCGCGAACGCCGCCAAGGCCGCCGCGCAGCAGCAAGAGCAGCAGCCCGCCUACAUUGCGGUGGGCAGCACCGCAGCACCGACGCCGGCGCCGGCGCCGGCGCAGUCGCAGCCGCCGUCGCUGAAGCCGUGGGUCGAGCGCGCGCUGCUGGCGUGCCGGACGCCGGAGCAGACGAGCGAGAUGAAGGCGGCGCUGCGCGCGAUGGUGGAGCGCGCCAACGCGCGCGGGGACCUGUGGCGGAUCGACUGGGCGCAGCAGCCGGUGCCGGCGGUGACGGGCGUGCGGCCGGCGGCCGCGAAAGGGCGCAGCCGGUGGGGCGCGCGCCCGGACGCGGAGUCCCCGCGCGGCGCGGCGGGGGGCUUCGCGGGGGGGGAGUUGCCGGGGUCUUUUGGCGGGGGCAAGAAGGCCCGGGGGAGGAAGCGCGGGCGGAAGUUCGACUACGACGCGGGGGGCGCGGACAGCCCGGACGGAGGCUCGCUGUCGCCGCGCGCGCGGGCCGCGCUCGAGCGGCGGUCGGCGCGGUUUGCGAGCGGGGACCGGAAGCGUGCGCGCGUGACGGAGGACGCCGCGCCGGACUGGGGCGGGGGGGAGUGGGAGGACGAGGUCCCGUCGACCGUGGUCGGCACCUGUCAGGAGCUCGAGAAGUCCUACCACAGGCUGCACGGCCCGCCCCCGGCGGACACCGUGCGCCCCGCCGCGGUCCUCGAGCGCGCCCUCGCGCGCCUGCAGGGCCUCCUUGACUCCGGUCAGACGGACUACUGGUACGCGUGCGACCAGCUCAAGGCCAUGCGGCAGGACUGCGCGGUGCAGGGCGUGCGCACGGAGCUCACCGUGCGCAUCUACGAGGCCCACGCGCGCGCCGCGCUCUCCUACGGCGACACCGGGGAGUUCAACGCGUGCCAGAGUCAGCUCGCGUUGUUAUACCGGGAGGGGGUGUCCGGGUCGCAGGCCGAGUUCCUGGCGUACCGCAUCCUCUACCAGGCGCUCUUCCAGCGCGACCGGCCCUACGAGCUCCUCCGGACCCUCCGCGAGACGUACGCCCGCGGCAUGCACGGGGACGGCGCGGUGGCGCACGCGCUGCGGGUGCGGGCGGCGCUGGCGGCGGGGAGCUACCGGGAGCUGUUCCGGCUGUGGGGCGACGCGCCGCACUGCUCGGGCGACCUCAUUGGCUCGCGGAUCAACCAUUUGCGGCUCGACGCGGCGCGGGUGGCGGUGAAGGCGUACCGGCCGACGUUGGCGGUGGCGGCGAUGGUGGGGAUGCUGGGGUUUGACGGGGAGGAGGAGGACGAGGAGGGCGGUGCGGAGGGGGCGGCGGAGGAGUGGCUGCGGGACCACGGGGCGGAGGUGGUGGCGGGGGGUGAGGGGGGGGGAGUCGUGGUGGACUGCCGGAAGUCGGUGGGGAAGCUGCGGCUGCCGGAGAGGAACGCGGUGGCGCACGGAGACGCGAACAUGUCGGUCGAGAACUUCUUGAAGCAGCUCUGA